UUUCUUAGUAUUGCAGCUCUGGUCAAUUUCUAGUUUCUCUAGCGGCUAGCAAGCUGUCGGGUUGGUGCUACUGGGUGCCCUCGUUUUCCUGGGCUUUUCUCAAGCCCACCUGAACUUGCCAUCUUUGCACACUUGCAAAGGUCAUAAACGGUGGGGGCUGAGCACAACCAGAGCUUCAGCAAGCGCGGCGCAGCUGGGAUCAAAGGUCGGCAGGGCUGCCGAGAGGCUGAGCCUGCGCAGUCCCGCUCCCGCCUUGGAGAGAAAGGGUGGCGGCAACGCGGGAUCGUUACACCGGCUAGCUCACAAGAGGCGGGAAAAUUUAGCCACUGUGGGACCAGUCUCCAACUCAGGAACUUCCUCCAACUCUGAGAGGCCCUGAAAACCAGACAGUUGUGAGCUCUUCAGCACCUGUUGCCUUCACUAGCAGCUUUUCCCCCUCCUCUUCCGUACACUCCUCAGAACCAAAGAAUGUGAAGGGGGUCCAUGGAGGGCUCACGUCCCCGUGCCCCGGUCGGCCACCUAGCGCCGUCGCCCCCGGCUUUCGACGGCGAACUGGAUCUGCAGCGCUACUCCAACGGGCCAGGCGUGAGCGCCGGGUCUCCAGGGAUGGGAGCAGUGGGCUGGUCUGAAAGUCGCGCAGGCGAACGGCGCUUCCCCUGCCCUGUAUGCGGGAAGCGCUUCCGCUUCAACUCUAUCCUGGCUUUGCACCUGCGGGCGCACCCAGGCGCCCAGGCCUUCCAGUGCCCGCACUGCGGCCACCGUGCGGCGCAGCGGGCGCUGCUGCGCUCACACCUGCGCACGCACCAGCCCGAGCGCCCGCGAAGCCCCGCUGCGCGCCUGUUGCUGGAGUUGGAGGAGCGCGCUCUACUGCGGGAGGCCCGGCUGGGGAGACCUCGAAGCUCAGGGGGCCUGCAGCCCACCCCAGCCACCGAGGGCCUGGCGCGGCCCCAGGCCCCUUCGUCGUCCGCCUUUCGUUGCCCCUUCUGCAAAGGCAAAUUUCGCACCGCGGCGGAGCGCGAACGCCACCUGCACAUUCUGCACAGGCCCUGGAAGUGUGGCCUCUGCAGUUUCGGCUCCAGCCAGGAGGAGGAGCUGCUGCACCACAGCCUGACGGCCCACGGAGCUCCCGAACGCCCCCUGGCGGCCGCCUCGGCUGCGCCCCAGCCUCAGCCUCCACCCCAGCCUGAACCUAGAUCGGUCCCUGAGCCAGAGCCGGAGCCUGAAAGUGAGGCAACCCCCGCCUCCGCUCCUGCUGCUCCCGAGGAGCCCCCCGCGCCUCCGGAGUUCCGCUGUCAAGUGUGUGGCCAGAGCUUCACGCAGUCCUGGUUUCUCAAGGGUCACAUGCGCAAGCACAAGGCCUCCUUCGAUCAUGCAUGUCCUGUUUGUGGCCGCUGCUUCAAGGAGCCCUGGUUCCUGAAGAACCACAUGAAAGUGCACGCCAGCAAGCUGGGCCCACUGCGUGCUCCGGGGCCUGGUUCCGGGCCUGUCCGGGCCCCCCAGCCUCCUGACCUGGGUCUACUUGCCUAUGAGCCUCUGGGCCCUGCGCUCCUCUUGGCCCCGGCGCCCACCCCGGCUGAGCGCCGUGAGCCUCCGAGCCUCCUGGGCUACCUGAGCCUGCGAGCCGGCGAGGCGCGGCCCAACGGUGAGGGCGCUGAGCCCGGGGCUGGCCGCAGCUUUGGAAGCUUCCGCCCCCUGCCCUCUGCUCUCCCAGCCCGGGCUCGCCGGCACCGCGCCGAGGAGCCAGACGAGGAAGAGGAGGUGGUGGAGGCAGAAGAAGAGACCUGGGCCCGGAGCAGGGCGGUGGGCCCUCUGGCUUCCCUGCCCCCGCGCCCAGGCGAGGCCCCGGGGCACUCUGCGCCUGCCGCGGGGGCCCAGGCGAGGUCCACCGCCACGCAGGAAGAGAAUGGGCUGUUAGCUGGAGGGGCCCGACCUGAAGGGGGCCGGGGGGCCACCGGCAAGGAUUGCCCCUUUUGUGGAAAAUCCUUCCGCUCAGCGCAUCACCUCAAAGUGCACCUGCGAGUGCACACAGGCGAGCGCCCCUACAAGUGUCCGCACUGCGACUACGCGGGCACCCAGUCCGGCUCCCUCAAGUAUCACCUGCAGCGCCACCACCGGGAGCAGAAGAGCGGAGCCGGCCCCGGGCCACCCCCAGAGCCGCCGCCCCCUUCCCAGCGGGGUUCGGGCCAGUCGUCCGGAGCCAAGUCGGCUCCGCAGCCUGCGACCUGGGUAGAGGGCAGAGCCAGCCCCCGGCCUCCCACGAGUGGCGGCGCGCCGGGGUCCCGUCGGAAGCCCGCCAGCCCCGGGAGGACCCUGCGCAACGGGCGAGGCGGUGAGGCUGAGCCCCUGGACCUGUCCCUGCGGGCAGGGCCGGGAGGCGAGGCUGGGCCAGGGGGUGCCCUCCACCGAUGCCUCUUCUGUCCCUUCGCCACUGGAGCCCCCGAGCUCAUGGCCUUGCACCUACAAGUGCACCACAGCCGCAGGGCUCGGGGCCGCAGGCCGCCCCAGGCCGAUGCAUCCCCGCCCUAUGCCCGAGCACCGUCAGGAGAGACCCCUCCCACUCCUCCGCAGGAAGGGGAGGAGGGCCCCGGGCUGUUAAGAUCCGGAGAGGCUGGGCUAGGGGGCCAAGAAAGGUAGGGAGCCCUCUUAGGGGGCCGGUAGCUUAGUUUCCCCCGCCGGAGCGGGGCAGCGGUAGAGGUAGUUGGGUAGAGCAGCCAGCAGCGGGCAGCGUGGGACCCAUAUCCCAGCCCCGGGCGGACCAGAGGUGGAGGGCCAGAGAGCGUGAGGACGGCGGGCGGGCGACACCCACCCAGCCCAGGGGAGAGUCACAGUGCCUUAGCAGUGGCAGGGGUGAGGAUCAAAGAACGGGGUCCCAGGGCUGGCAGAGAGGAGUGUUCCUGCUGAGGGGCAGCUCUGCCAGUCUUUGCUGGUCCAUAGGCGUGAGAGUUUAUUUUUGUACAAUGGGUGGGGGUGGGGGGCACUGCACCCUUCUAGCCCCUUCAGGGGCCCUGUAGACGUCGCUAUUUUUGGUACGAUUCCUGUCAUCCCUGUCGCAGAGUUGUGUCCCCAAUAAACAGGUGUCUUGAGACACAGGGCACUGUG